AUGGAAGCCGCUCCGGGGCUCGGUAACUGAACUUAGUCGUCGAGCGCCGCUGGCCCAGACUCACUUCCCGGGCCGAGUCGAGGCCGCACUGGCCACGGCCGCAAGGCCACCCCCGCAGCUCCCGCCUCCCCCCGGGAUUUUCCAGCAGGUUAAUUUCCUGUGCCGGCAAAUCCUUUCGCGAGCGCCUGGCCGCUCCCUCAGCGCCGCUCCCGCCCGCACCCCGCCGCCUGCUCCCCGAGCCGGUCCGCGCCGCGCUCCGCCGCCCCCGCGCGCCCGGGCGCACGCCCUCCCGCCCCGCCGCCCUCCGGCUCCCGGCGCCCUGCAGCGGGGCCCUGCUGCGCGGCCGCGUGCCAGGGCUCCCGGAGAGUCGCGUCCGUGUCGCCCGGCCGGCCCCGUCCCAGGGCCAUGCUCCCCCGCGCCGCCCCCCGCCGCCCCGCCGCGGCGCUCCGGCUCUGCAGCCUCCUGCUGCUGCUCGGGCCCGGGCACGCGUGCCCCGCGGGCUGCGCCUGCACCGACCCGCACACCGUGGACUGCCGCGAUCGCGGGCUGCCCAGCGUGCCCGACCCCUUCCCCCUGGACGUGCGGAAGCUGCUGGUGGCCGGCAACCGCAUCCAGCAGAUCCCUGAGGACUUCUUCAUCUUCUACGGCGACCUGGUCUACCUGGACUUCAGGAACAACUCGCUGCGCUCGCUGGAGGAGGGCACGUUCAGCGGCUCCGCCAAGCUCGCCUUCCUGGACCUCAGCUACAACAACCUGACCCAGCUGGGCGCCGGCGCCUUCCGCUCGGCCGGCAGGCUGGUCAAGCUGAGCCUGGCCAACAACAACCUGGCCGGCGUGCACGAGGCCGCCUUCGAGACCCUGGAGUCGCUGCAGGUGUUGGAACUCAACGACAACAACCUUCGCCGCCUCAACGUGGCAGCCCUGGACGCGCUGCCGGCGCUGCGCACCCUGCGCCUGGACGGGAACCCCUGGCUCUGCGACUGUGACUUUGCCCACCUCUUCUCCUGGAUCCAGGAGAACGCGUCCAAGUUGCCCAAAGGCCUGGACGAAAUCCAGUGCUCCGUGCCCCCGGAGCACCGCAGGGUGGCGCUGCGGGAGCUGUCGGAGGCCAGCUUCAGCGAGUGCAAGUUCCGCCUCUCGCUCACCGACCUGCUCAUCAUCAUCUUCUCGGGCGUGGCCGUCUCGGUGGCGGCCAUCAUCUCCAGCUUCUUCCUGGCCACCGUGGUGCAGUGCUUCCAGAGAUGCGCCCCCAGCAAGGACGGGGAGGACGAGGAUGAGGACGAGGACGACUGAGCCACCGCCCUGGCGGCUCGCUGGCCCGCACGGGGCCGGAGGCGCCUCUCCAAGACAGGGAGGGGGAUCUCGGAGACGCGGACGCAGGGGCCACCCUCGUGGACAGGACGGCGCCUCCUCACGUCGGGGACGCAGGUGCGCCCGCGGGCACCGCCCAGCGCAGAGCUUAGGACCCGCAGAGCAGAGCAGCCCAGGGAGGAUGGGCGGGCGUUCCUGAGCAGGGCCGACUCCCAGUGGAGGCUGUGGAGCGGAGGACCCCGCUGGGCAGAGGCCAGGUGGAGACUGCAUCUUCUGGCCUUCCUUCUGGGACCCGUGCUGGGAGACCAGGGCCAUCCUCUUCCCAAGGGAGGGUGGCUGUGCAGACAGGGACUUGGGUUGCCAUUACUCUCCAGGGAAGCAGGGUUCUCUCUACAGAGCAGCAGGCCUCAGCGACUUCAGGACACGUUGUAUGGAGGACACGUGAAUCUGCGUGCAAUGAACCGAGUGUGUCCCCGCCCCCCACGUCCCUGUGUCCCCAGUGUGUGUGGGUGGCGCUGAGGUGAAGGCUUGGGGAUGUCAGAGGGUGGGGCUCUCCUGAACACCCUCAGAGUAGAUAUGCCAGGGAACCCCUCACUCCCUGAGCAGGUAGCACACAGCAAGAAGUCAGCCUCCAUGAACCAGGAAGGGAGCCCAACCCUGGCGCCCCGCUCUCCCACUUCCAGUCCUGAGAACUGUGGGAAAUAAAU